AUGAAUAAAACUCCGAACCAUCAUUCAAUUGAAGCUAUACCGAAUCGUGAAAAUAUUCGUUUAAUUUAUUUAAAUAAUUCUCACGCAAGUGUUGAUAUUGAAUCAAAUCUGAUUAAAAUAAAUCCGGCUACACAAAUUUAUACGGAUAUUAAACUAUGUAUCGACUUUAUAAAAACAUUAUUUAAUGAAAAAGUUUUUUUAAUUAUUUCAAAUAUUAUAUUGACAAAAAGUUUUUUUUCAAUUUAUUUUUUACAACCCAUUAUUGCUAUUUUUAUCUAUGACGAAAAACAAGAUAUCAGCGAAUUAAAAAUUCAAUAUCCUAAAAUAAUUGAUCUCUAUACAGAUCAUAAUGAAUUAUUAAAAUCUAUUCAAGAAAAAAUUCAAUUUAUUGAAAAGCAAACAUUUAUCUAUAGUUUAUUUGAUGAAAAAGAAAAAUCAACUUUAUUUCUUUGGCAUUACAUGUUAAUCAAUAUUCUUAAGCAAUUGCCACAAAAUGAAUGUUCACACGAUGAACUAUUAGAUAAAACUGAAUUAUUUCGUCGAAAUUCUACAAGUCAACAGGUUGUUGACUGGUAUUCGAAUGAAUGUUUUCUAAAGAAAUUGUUAAAUCGUGCAUUGCAUACAGCUGAUUUUGAUAUUUUAUAUGCCGCACGUUUUUUUCUUAUUGAUUUAUGUUGCCAAAUUGAACAUGAAAAUAUUAAAAAUGAGACCUAUUUAAUUGUGUAUCGGACACAAAUUAUGUCUAUGGGAGAAAUUGAAGAAUUAAAAAAAUCUAUUGGUUAUUUAAUUUUCAUAGAUACUUUUUUAUCUGCGUCUCGUACUAAAAAUAAAUCAAUUUUUCAACAAAAAUUUUCAAUCUACGAGAAUGUUGUUCUCGAAAUUCAUGUUGACCUGUCCAUUGAAACAAUUACUUUAGUCGAUGCCUCGUUAUUGAACUCAACAUUGUGUGACAACGAAAUUUUAAUUAAUAUCAAUUGUUUGUUCGAAAUAGAAGCUAUAGAAUAUGAUUUUAUGAAUAAUUUAUGGAACAUAAAAAUAAUAGCAAACAACGAUGGAAACAUGCGUGUUAACAAAUAUUUAACACAGAUACAAAAAGAACUGGAUUACCCCAGUAGAAUGGUCUAUUUUGGAUAUCUCCUUUGGAAUGAAUUGGGUCAAAUAAAUCAAGCAAAAAAUUAUUUUAACAUUCUAUUGAAAUCAUUAUCAGAAAAUGAUGAAAAUACUCCUAAAAUUUAUCUUGAACUAGGACAAAUCAAUGAUGAGAUAAAACAAUAUAAUUUAGCAUUACAAAACUAUCAAUCUGCUUUAGAUAUUUAUCAAAAGCAACUAUCGAAAGAUAAUAUUCGUAUUGCUUCGGUGUUAAAUUAUAUUGGAUUGGCUUGUAAACACAUGGGUAAUCUUGAUCGAGCAAUGGAUUAUUAUCGGCAAUCAUUAAAAAUUUACGAAAGUACAUGUUCAAAAGAUGAAGAUCAUCUACAUCGAACUCAUACUAUGGUGAAUUUAGCUUUAGCAUAUAGAGAUAAAAAAGAGCUCGAUAUUGCUCUUAACUAUCUCACUCAAGUUUAUGAUAUUCGCCGUAAUAUUCAUUCGAAUAAUCAUUCAUUACUUGUAAACAUAUUAAUUCAUAUUGCUAAUGUUUAUUAUGAUAAAAAUGAUUUUAAUCACGCUCUUGAAUAUUACCAACAAAUUCUAUCGAUCGAAGAAAUAACAUAUCCAAAUGAUCAUCUAAAUAAAGCAACUACACUACGACAGAUUGGUCUUCUCUAUUGUGAUAAACACGAUUGGGAUAAUGCUUUAAAUUAUUUAAAUCAUACAUUAAAGAUUCGUCAAAAUUUAUCCUCUCCGAAUAUAAAUCAUCCUGAUAUUGCCGUAGAUUAUGGUCAUAUUGGUAAUGUUUAUGAAAAAAUGAAUAAUUUAGAUUUGGCAUUCCAUUAUUUAAAUCAACAAUUUCAAAUCGAAGAAAAUUAUUUAUCUUUUAAUCAUCCAGAUCUAAUAAAAGAUUUUGAUAGAUUAAUAGAUAUUUUAAAAAAACAAAAUCAAUCUGAAAAAGCGAUUAAAUUAUGCCAAGAAAAAUUGUUAGAAUUAGAAAAUAUUCUUGGCACGGAAUAUGAAAAUAAUCCACGUGUGGCUCGUAUAUUAGUACUAAUAGCAAGUAUUCAGGAAGAUAAAAAUCCUCGAGAAGCUCAUCAAUAUUAUCAACAAGCUUUGGAAAUAUUUGAACAUAAUAAAAAUGAAGAAAAUUUUCGACUUAGCCUUUCUGCGAUGAUAAAUUUUUAUUGGAAAUGUCGAAUGUUUGAUCGUGCAUUACUUUGUCAAAUGAAAUUACUUGAUCUUCAACGUUCAAAAUCAACACCGAACAAUCAAGGUGUAGGUUAUUGUUUACGUGAUUUAGCACGACUUUAUCGUGCGAUGAAUAAAUCAAGUGAAGCUUUAAAAUAUUUUGAUCAAAGUUUAAGUAUCUUGAAAACAAAAUAUGGAUCAGAACAUAGCGAUGUGAAAAAUAUUCAAAAAGAAAUUUUGGAUUUAAAAGAAAUACUUAAAUCUUUAUCAUCGGACGCUGAUGAAGAUUAUAAUUAUCGUCGUUGUUCGAAUGCACAUAAAGAAUUGUUUACUAUACCAUAUGAAGAUCCGAUUUCUCGAUCAUCAACAUUAAGUUGUGGUAGAAGAAAAAAAUCAUCUGUAGCAGAUUUAGCAAGUGCAGUGUGUGUUAUUCUAUAA